UUUCCAAAUACGUACCUAUUUCAUUUUUUCAAUUAUCAAAAUCAAAGGGAUGAGUUAACCUAAAUUUCCUGAACCAUAUGAUUCUUUCAUCUUUCACAAAAAUCUUUGAGCUUCGGUGAAGAGAAUCAGUAGUCUUCUUCUUCAGUGACUCCUUCAUCUUCCUACAAAAAAACAUUCAGCUUCUCCUACAGUGGUCGUUUUGUUCGAUUUGAAGUGUUCAUCUUCAGUGGACUUCAUCCCCAAAAGUAGUAUUCUUUAACAUUAAGCUUCUGGAUAAAGAGGUUUACUAUUUUUAAGACAUAUGCUUAACUUGGAUCAUUAUCAUUCUUGGUGAAUAAAAAACGACGGUUAUUGACAACAAAUGAAAUUAUUCAAGAUGUAGAGUCAGAGAAAGGACAAAUGCUUAAGUUAAUUGAACAACAAGCAGUAGCACCACAAUCUGAAGCUAAUGGACAAUUUGUGGAGGAGCAGCCUCUUGAACAGCCUCUUGAGCAGCAACCUAUAGAGGAUCAAGUGUAAAUGAACUAUGUCACUCAUUCACCUGUUGAACAACUUGAAGAACAAGUUGAAGGUAUUUCAAUUAAAAAGAAAAGAGGUCAAUCGCAAAUGCAUAAUGUACAUGCACGAAAAGAGCGUAAAUUGAUCUUAUUGAAUAUUCUAGAUCAACCGAUUGGUCCAACUGAGGACAUUGUGACAGAGUUAAGUACCUUCCUAGCUGCCAAAAAUUGGGCUUUGACAACAAUUCGAGAUGAUUGGAGAAGGCAUAGAAGUGAGUUGAAGAUAAAUUAUUAUGAUCCAUAUGACAAUGAUGAAAUUCGAAUGGCAAAAAACCUGGUCAUAUUCCAGAAUGUCAGUUUAGAGAGAUCCUUAGGAAGUCGGAGAAAUUUAAGUGCAACAAAUCCAAGAAAGGUUGGAAAAAAUGGAGAAACAAAUGGAGGAACAAAGGAGAACUAUGCAACAAGAAGUUAUUGCAGAUGUAUUCGCAAAACUUCAGCAAGCAAGAUUAAUUGAUCCUAACAUACUAGCAGCAUUGUCCGUUCCUUGACAAGGAGGAGCUACUUCUGCUCAAACAGCUGAGCAAGGUCAUUCUCCCAACGCACAUGGCCUCUAGAAAUGUCCAACUAUUGAAGUAUUAGUGAUGCACUGAUGCUAUUAGUGCAAUAUUGUAAAUUGUACCAUGUUAUUACUGAAAUAAGAGAAAUGAUUUGUGUUAGAAUUAUUCCUGAGCCACAUAGAGUGGUUUUGGGAAAGGAGUGAAAAGAAGACUAGAAAAUUGGAUAGCUGAAUGAAGCAUAGUCUAGUUUCAACAUACCAGAUAUUUUGUUCACUGUCAUUCCAUAACAACUUUUGCUCCAACAACUUUCAUUUUCUCAAUUAUUUAAUCUGCUUCGUCCUUUGACACUUCCUUCUUGAAAACAGUAGGAGUUUUCUCAACUAAGUCCUUUGCUUCCUUGAAUCCCAAAAUCAGUAAAACUUCAGACUUCUUUGAUUAUCUUUAUCUUUUGAACAGACUCAUAUGACUCCAGUUUAAGUUCAAAAAUAGUUUUCUCUGUUUUCUUUUCCUCCUUAGCUGCUUCUGGUCUCUUCAUAGCUGCUGUUGCCAAUCCAGCAGCCCCUGCCUUCAAACCCAACCAUUGGUUGCUCGGUCAUACCUAACUUCUUCAUAAGAAUGGAAGACAAUUCUGAAACUUCAACCAAGGUAAGUCCCAAAACUUCAUCGACAAGUCUCCAUACCCUAUUCGAUGGAGGAUUGCGAUGCUCGGUUGGAUAAAAAAUUGCAGGAUCAUAAUCACUGGAAGCUUUCUCUAGUCAAUCUCUACUUCUUCCUCCUCUUCUUCCUCUCUCCUAGCAGGCUGAUCAAAGUGUCGAGUCAAGACGGUUGAGGUAACAAAAUGGUAGUUAGCCACAUUAGAUUAAACAUAUUAUAUCAAGAGUGCACAAGACAAAUGAUGCCUCAAUCGUGAAAUCAAAUUCAUUUCUGAAAUUCUACUGCAUAGGGAACUAUACUAGAAAGCAACCAUCUACUAGUAUUUCUGCUCAAUCAACAACCUGAAUAUUAUUGAGUUGACGAAUCUAUGACAGCGGCAAUUGUAGACAGUUAUAACUGAAUAUUGUUGGCUUCCAUGUUUCCUGCCUUUUAUCUGACCCUACUUCUUCCCUUUCUUUUAGUGUCUGGCUAAUCUGAAUCAAAUUUUCCAGUAGCUUCAGUGUUGUCACAACUGAACUGAACUAAGAGUGAUGUAAUAAUUCCCAAUAGCAGUAUGCAAAUAUCUAUAGCAACUAUGCUUUUAAUGUCA